AUGAUGGGUCUAAGAAUCGGUGGCCUGCCGAGUGAGAAAAUGCUGGACUUCUGCCAAGAGCCGCGUCAUGGUUGGACAGUGUUGCUGCUGUUAUACUUGGGUGUCUGCUCCUUGCUGCCUAUCGCCUGUUUCACCGCUCCGAUGCAAGUUCGUGAAAUAUCGAGGGAGAACUCGCAACGGCGUCCGAACGACGCCAAUAAUGACUCAGCCGAAGGGGAUUCACCGGUGUUCGAACCAACGGCGGCGAACGUCAGCGCCUUCGUCGGUCAGACGGUGUACCUGCCGUGUCGCGUGCGAAAUUUGGGAGACAAAGUGGUGUCCUGGAUGAGAAGCAAGGACCUACACAUCCUCACGUCCGCGAACAUGCCGUUCAGCUCGGACGCGAGGUUCGGGCCACAGCACACACCAGGAAGCGACGCGUGGACCCUCAGGCUGGACAACGCGAGGAAGACUGACUCGGGCAAGUACGAGUGCCAAGUGAACACCGAGCCCAAGAUGAUGUAUGCUGUUCAGCUGUCCGUGCGAGAUCCCGACAAGCCGGAGGGUUACGACGAGCCGCAUUCUCAACAGACGCGUAUAAGUUAUGAGAGCACGGCGCCAGUGGCGGCCAUAAUGGGUCCUCGGGAGCAAAGCGUGCCGUCGGGGUCGACGAUCACCUUGAGGUGCGUCAUAUUGUCCCCGUAUCAGACUCGACCCAUCCGGGGCGUGCAGUGGCUACGGGAUAACAAACUCCUCACAUUCCAGGCUGCACGGGGCGGAAUAAACGUGGAGACUGAAAGAGGCGCGGCGCGCACGGUCUCCGAAUUGACUUUGGCGUCGGUCACGCUAAACGACGUCGGAAAAUAUUCGUGCAGGCCGACGGAAGGACGAACGGACACUGUAAUGCUGAUCGUCGAGCCAGGAGAACGUACGGAAGCCAUGCAACGUGACGCCGGAUACGUCUCUUCCGGAUGCGACGUCAGCCACUGGCCCGGGCUUCUACUUCCGUUCACGUGGUUUCUAAUACUCGCUCGAAACAGCCAAACUUUCCUGCAAUAG